UCUCUCCCAAAGCACGAGCCUUGGCCUUUGCUUGAACUCCUGAUUAGCUUCGAUAGCGCCUUCGCUUCUGCGGCCCUUCACUGGUGAAACUCGAGGAGCAUAUUUUUACCCAACAAAAGGCACUCUGUAUAAGUUGUGCACAUGGAAGGUUUCUCGGAAUCAACUUCAGCUCUCCAGAACCCACAAGAUUUCCACUCUGAUCGGCCCGGGGCAUCUCACAGCGCUGCCAACAAUAACUCACCUCUUGUAGCACAACUUCAAAAGCUUCUCUUCCAUCGAAUGCUGAUAGGGGUGAAUGACGGUCGUUUCUUCUUAGGCGUAUUCCACUGCAUUGACAAGCAAGGCAACAUCAUCCUUCAGGAUGCUGUAGAGUAUCGGAACACACGACGGUCUGCAACGUCUCCAAUGGAUCAACGGUGCCUUGGGCUGAUCCUGAUACCUGCCUCAUGCCGUUCUUCAUGCCAUGUCGAUUGCUCCAUAGAGGAGCAGCUGUCCCUAUUGUCUCUUCAGAAAUGAUAAAAAUUUGCCUUGUCCUGAAAGUAUCACUUUUGAUCCUAAGAUCAUUAUCUCAACAUUAUAUUGUAUGAUGAGUGCAACUUAAGUUAACUAUUGAUGAAACAAAUGUUCUGAGCAUCUGUCAUUAAAGCGGCAGCUCGAUAAUUGAUGCUUUGUUUA